AUGGAGAACAACGCCGUCUAUGCGCCCGACAACGGGGCUGUACAGGCUGGUCCGAUAAGGAAAGUGGACAGGGAGCAUGCUGGAGAAGACCGGAUGCUGGUCGAGGUGGGAGGGGUGGACUCCGGUCUCCGGUAUCGAAGCGUGGAGGAGACUCCUCUGCUCGGUGACGACGGCGAUGGCGGUAGGAGGAGCAGCGCAACCAGCAGUCUCUCCGCGUACGACGACUUCUCUGCUCUUCCAUGGUAUAAGCGGCCAUCGAUCUACUGGAUGCUGCCCAUGUUCUUCUUGACGGCAAUCGCGAAUGCUGGCAUUCUCGUACCCAAGAUGAACCUCAUCAUUACGCUGCUCUGCCGGGAGUACUUCUCCGACAAGGCCUUGCAGGACCCGGACUUUACCUUUCUCCCGGUCGUCUUUGGCGGCGAGAACCCGGAGUGCCGCAGCGCCGAGGUUUCGUCAUAUGUUGCGGAAUUCACCCUGAUGGGUAACCUGCUCGGCGGCAUCCUCUGUGCCAUCACUUCCCCGAAGCUGGGAGCGCUCUCGGACCGAUAUGGCCGUCUGCGUAUCAUCAUCAUUACAAGUAUCGGAAUGCUGAUUGGUGAGGUGAUUGUCUUGUGCGCAGCGUCCUACCCUGAUACCAUCUCGGUGGGCUGGAUCCUCGUGGCUUACGGCGUCGAGGGGUUGUUUGGGUCCUUCAUUGCCGCCAUGGCCAUCGCCAAUUCGUAUGCCACCGACUGCAUCCCCAUCGACAGGCGCAACGUCGUCUUUGGAUACUUCCACGCCGCGCUCUUCACCGGCAUCGCCCUCGGCCCCAUCCUGUCGGCCUACAUCAUCGAGGCCCUCGGCUCGAUCGUGUCCAUCUUCUACAUCGCCGCCGGAGUGCACGUCGUCUUCAUCCUGUUCGCCGGCCUGGUGAUCCCCGAGUCCCUCACCAAGGACCGCCAGCUGGCGGCGCGGGAGAAGCACGCGCUCGAGCGCGCCGCCCGCGCGCCCUCGGCCGACUGGAUCAACCGCAUCCGGCACCUCAACCUCCUCGAGCCGCUCAAGAUCCUGUACCCCACGGGCGAGGGCAGCAGCCCGGCGGUGCGCCGCAACCUGCUGAUGCUGGCCGGCGUCGACACGACCGUCUUCGGCGUCCACAUGGGCGCCAUGACGGUCGUCAUCAUCUACACCAACUACCAGUUCGGCUGGACGACGGUCGAAACCAGCCGGCUCGUCUCGCUCGUCAGCGGCAGCCGCGUCUUCUGCCUGCUCGUCCUCCUCCCCAUCAUCACCCGCCUCUACAAGGGCUCCCGCCGCCGCAGCAACACGCGCAGCAACACCGCCACCCCCGCAAAACCAAACCAACCCACCACCACCACCCCCACCCCCCUCGGCGCCGAGCCCUUCGACCUCGCCCUCAUCCGCCUCGCCAUCGCGCUCGACACGCUCGGCUACCUCGGCUACGCGCUCGCGACCUCGGGCGCGCCCUUCAUGGCCGCCGGCGCGCUCGCCGCCGCCGGCGGCAUGGGCUCGCCCACGCUGCAGAGCUCCCUCACCAAGCACGUGCCCGCCGACCGCACCGGCCAGCUGCUCGGCGCCAUGGGCCUGCUGCACGCCCUCGCCCGCGUCGUGGCGCCCACGGCCUUCAACGCCAUCUACGCGGCCACGGUCGGGCGCUUCACGCAGCUGGUCUUUGUGUGUCUGGCGGGCGUGUUUGGGGUCGCGUUUGUGGCGGCGUGGUUUGUGCGCCCGGGCGUCGGGUUGGAGGAGAAGUCGGCGGAGGAGGUGGCGGCGGGGGUUGGUGUUGGUCGUCGUGAUAGCGUUGUGGGCGGUGGUGGCGGCGGCGGUGAGGAUGGGGAUGCGGUUUGA